CGAUAAGUCAGCUGGGUGGCUAUGGGUUGAUUUUACACAAUGCCAUCAAGAUGUGAAGACCUCUGCUCGCAGAUCCACUGUGCACGUCAAGAGAGGGUGACUGGAGCAAACUGACACCCAGAAGCCUCAGCUGCAUUUGGAUUAGUCACUUUUGAAGUCAGCCAUCAUGGCUCAGGAGGAGGAAGAAGAGCAGCUGACGGUCGACGGACCCAAGGAGGUGGACAUGUUUACAUCAGUCCGUUGCCUAGGCUACCUGUCCAGCAUCAACCUCCUUGUGGCGGUAUGCGUCGGCAUGUACGUACGCUGGGAGGUGACAAAUGAACCAAUGAUUCUGGUCAUCUUCAUCUUGGGUCUUUUUGUCCUAGGAAUAGCCAGCAUCCUCCAUUACUACUUUGCUAUGGAGAAAGCCAGCCUCAGCUUGUUCCAUUUGUGGUUUGGCUUUCUGCUUGGUCUCCUGUGCUUCCUCAACAGCCCCACAUUGGAUUCAAAUGUCAAGGAACUGGUCACCAACUAUCUCCUCCUAGCCAGUGUAGUCAUGAAAACAGUAUGGGCUGUAACAGAGCGAGUAUGCAGCUCCGUCCGUUACAAACCCAUCUUGCUAACGUCAGCUGAGCUACUGGAGCUCCUGGGAUUCGGCAUUGCCAGCACUACCAUGCUGCUUCACAAGUCAAUCGCCAUAAUAGGCUUGGUAGUGGCCUUGGGUGCUCUCAUUGUAGACCUGAGGAUGAAAUCCCUGCUGGCUUUGCCCAACCUGGUCAAUUUUGCCUUAGUUACCUCCCUUGUGUUUUUCCAAGCCUUAGGCAUCACAGCCAACCCUUAUGCCUUAGGCUGCUACCUGGGCAGGCUGCUGUGUGAGCCUGUGUUGGAUGUGUACUUCAGUGGGCUGGGACCCAGCGAGCGCUGGAUGCCAGUGCUCUCUCUGGGGAAGGUGUGGAGGAGGCUGUCUCUGCUGCCUCUGAGUCUGGUUGAGCUGGCCUUCUUUGUCCUGGCAGCCUUAAAGCUGGGCCACUUGGAGCUGUGGUAUCUGGUGAUCCCAGGCUUCUGUCUGUUUGGCCUUUUCUGGUCCAUCUGCCACAUAAUUCUACUGAUCACAAUAUGGGGCUUCCACACCAAGCUGAGCGACUGUCAGAAGGCCUGGCGGGCCCAGCGAUCCAGUAGCCGGAGUCUGGACCAAGUAAUGGCCUCUAGGGGCAUUCGACACUUCUGCCUCAUUUCAGAGCGCUUGGUGUUCUUUAGUCUGCUAUCAACGGUCAUACUGGGGGCUGUGUCUUGGCAGCCAUCCAACGGUCUCUUUCUCAGCGCUCUGCUGGUGGUGCUGCCUUUGGAGUCUCUGGCUCAUGGUCUGUUCCACGAGCUGGGCAGCUGCCUGGGGGGAACCUGUGUUGGCUACGCUCUGGUCAUACCUACAGCAUACUGCAGCGCUGAUGGCCAGCCCACUCUCCUACCACCUGAGCACGUACAACAGUUAAACCUGCGCUCCACGGGUAUGCUGAACAACGUGCAGCGUCUCUUCUCCCACCACAUGAUCCAGACAUUCGGCUGCGACUACUCCACCAGCGGUGUCACACUGGAAGCCGUGCAGACCAAGCUGCGCAACUUUCUGGAGCUUCGUACUGUAGACGGGCCACGCCAUGACACCUAUCUGAUUUUCUACAGCGGGCACACACACAAAGGCACUGGGGCAUGGGCUCUAGCUGGAGGUGAGAGUCUUCAUCUGGCCCAGUUGCUGGAGUUAUGGAAGGAGAAGAACACUGGCCACUGCUCCCGUCUCAUCCUGGUCCUGGACACUGAGAACUCCCUCCCCUGGGUCAAGGAGGUGCGUAGAGUGGAGGGUAUCCACAUAGCCGUGCAGGGGGCCGAGCUGUCCGUCACCAGGGUGGACCCGGAGGCCGGAGACAUCCCCUAUCUCGGAGACUUCACUUCCGAAUGGGUGGAAUUCAACUGCAACCCAGACAGCGACACCCAAUGGUCAGAAAAGGGAAGGACAGUGACAGCCGUCUACGGCGUGUCCAAGCGCUGGAGCGACUACACGCUUCACCUGCCUACAGGAAGUGACGUGGCCAAGCAUUGGAAGACCCACUUUCCCAAGGCUACCUAUCCCAUGGUGCACCUCUCCAACUGGUGCUGCGGCCUCAACUUGUUCUGGUUAUGCAGCGUGUGUCUGCGCUGCUUCAGGAGGUGUAAACUAGCUUGGUUCCCACCAGCUGUACUGGACACUGGGCAGGGUAUUAAACUGGUGCACUCAUAAAUGUGGUGGGAAGUUAUCUUGCACAUCUUGACUCAGGCAGUUUGCGCUUUAACAGCUGGGGUACGAGGUAUUUAUAUAAAGGCAAAAGAAUAGUACAUGCACACAAAUUUUGGCCUUCGGACAGUCCUUAAAAAUGUUUUUAUACAUCAUUUUUAUUUGAUGUGAUACAGAGACAUUGUGCUGAGAAUUUGAUAGCAAAACAUGGACUAAAUAUAAUUUAAAAAGUAAAAAAAAGAGUGGAAAUCCAAAUAAAAUCACCUCUUUCUAAUUCAGAAGAGUGGAUAAAACCAUAUUGGGAGCAUUAACCUUGUUUCUUUAUAUAGGAUGAGUUAAAAUGACCAAAUUGUGUCUUUUUGAAUAAGUUUAUCAUACUUCAGGACAGUGUGUUAUAUAUUGUUGAAAACUAUUUUGCCAGUAAGGCAUCAUUAUUUCUUUGAAAGGGUUUUCUGAUUAUCUGUUUUGUUACAGCAUGAUAUAUUUUUUUCAAUGACAUAUUGCCUUUAUAAGUGCCUUUAACAUGGAUUUGGGAUCAUCUUUUGUAUUUGUAUAUACAAAAUAUAUAUAUAUAUCCUUGUCUAGCAUCAUAUUUAUAUUUAGAUGAUUUCACUGACAGUCUUAACUUACAACAUGUCAGCUGGGUGGGGCUCUGUCUUCCUAAAGCCUUUCAACAAGAUGGACAAAAUGACUGUUGCAGGGGUGAAAUCUGUGACCCUCUGGUUCCGGGACAACCUAACCACAAGGCCAACAUGCCGUUCUUGAUGUACGAUCUUCCCCUCAUCACUUUCAAACUCUUUAAAUAUGCAUUUAUUCCCGCAUUGAACAAAGAAAGAUGCACUGGCUGCGAGACAGUAUAUCAUCACCAGACACUGUCCCCGUCUUGUGCCUCAUCCUGUUUAUUUUCAUGAAUUAAUUCAUCUCGAAGAAGUCAUUUGCUCUGUACAAACACACAUCGCAUUCACGUUUUCUCGCUGUUGUCCUUGCCAUGCGGUGAAACAGUGACUUGUCAUGUAAAGCAACAAAUCAUCAAGAAGCUCCCGAUGCUUUUUUUUUUUUUUUUUUUAUCGGUGCACUGACCUUAAGAACUGAAAUCAACCAUCUUUUCUACUUUAUUCUGCUGUGUUGCAUCUUUCUCUCGCAACACAUCCCUAAGCUAUGUAGUGGAUUGCUGCCUUAAAGGGUGAGAUGUUUCCAAAGAGGUCAAAUGCUAUUUUCCAUAUGCAAUUUUCCAUGUGCCUCAGAAAAUGUCAGACAUAAACUUGGAUAAUAAACUUAUAAAACAUU